CAGGAGAGGGGGCGAGGAGGGACAAGCACUGGUGUAUUCCCUUCGACUGAGCCUGAGCUCACCCGCCGUUGUUUGUGCAACGUAUUGGGAUGUGCCCAACCCCUCCUUCACUCGGCGACGCCGGCUGGAGUACCUGCCGGUCUCCAAACGUCACCAAGGCUCCGCUUAUAAAGCGCCGGCGACAGAGCUGGUCCCCGACUCCAUCUCUCCAGGAGGUGCAUCUCGGGGAGAAGGGAGCCGUAGGAGGGUGGAAAGAUGUUUUAUUCAGGUAUCCUGACGGAGCCGAGUCGAAAAGAAGUGGAGAUCAGGGAAGCGGCGUCUCUCCGCCAGCAGAGGAGGAUGAAGCAGGCGGUUCAGUUUAUUCACAAGGAUUCUGCGGAUCUCCUCCCUCUGGAUGGGCUGAAGAAGCUGGGGACUUCAAAAGAUACUCAACCACAUAAUAUCCUGCAGAAGCGCCUGAUGGAGACAAAUUUAUCAAAAUUACGAGGCAGCCGAGGCAGCUGGGCUCUGAAGGGUGAUAUCUCAGCGCAGACCAACAAGCUGAAUCAAACCAAACUGGGAAGCUCAGGGAAAACAGAGGACGAGGAGCUCAUAGUGGUGAGAUGCCAGUGUGCGGGGAAGGAGCUGAACGCCGUGGUGGACACCGGCUCACAGCACAACCUCAUGUCUUCUGCCUGCCUGGACAGGCUAGGGUUAAAGGAGCAUCUCAAAGCACUCCCCGGUGAAGACGAGAUGGUUUCACUGCCAUCCAAGGUGAAGGCGAUCGGCCAGAUCGAGUGCCUGGCCCUCACAGUGGGAGCAGUCCCCGUGGAGUGCUCUGCCUUCGUCGUGGAAGACAAUGAGAGACCCUUCUCCUUUGGGCUGCAGACGCUGAAAUCUCUGAAGUGUAUCAUAAACAUGGAGAAGCACCACCUCGUGCUGGGGAAGAUGGACAGGGAAGAAAUCCCGUUUGUGGGCAGUGGCAGCGCCGCGGCAGGAGAGCACAGUUCGGAGGCAUAAAGAGGAAUUGAAACGCAAAGAGCUUGACAUCAAAGAAAUCCUGUGCAGCUGUUCCAGAUGAAACAGCAACACGCUGCUUUGAAAACAUCUAUACUAGGCUACAGUUUGAGUAGAGCUAAAUGAAAUCCUGUUCAGUAGCCAGUAAUUUAGAGAUAUUGUCAUGUUUAUCUAUGGGUUUUGAGAAACAAAUGUGUGCUUAUUUUCUGGACUUUUCUAUAUAGUGUCCUCUUUAUUACAAACAGUUGGGAAAACCUCAUGAAUUUCUUCUGAUGAGAAAAAUACUUUUUAUAGUGGCCUCGUAUGAGUAAUUGUAUUUAGCUGUGAUUAGAGGCUAUCAGAAUGAAAUUUGUAUUAAUGAUUUUUCCAGGGGCUAUGCAUUUAUAUUCACUUAAUUGAUAUUGCCACAUUCGAAUGGCCAUUACCAGGAGGUUACUCAGAGUAAAAUAACAAUGCUAAUACCACCCAGGAAUUAUAGCUCAUCCUAUUAGCAUAGCAUCGUUGCCGUGUAGUUAGGGAUGCAACUGCUGGCUUGAUGAGAAAGAGCAAUUAUAAAAAUUAUUAACGGGUUAUGGGCUUCCCUGCAGUGGCGUGGCAGAAACAUAGAAAGGGGGUUUGGGAGGGCUCCUGGGGUGAUCUCCUGCAGCCCCCAGCUUACCGUGGGUUUGGUGCUGGCACAGGGGCAGCCCAUCGUGGUGCUGCCUCACUGGGGCUCGAAACCCCCCGAGGAGGGAUCCUCCAGGGAGGACUCGGCUGCCUUCCUACUGGGAGUAGUCGGGAAAAUCAAUCAUUGUGUUGAGCCAACAAGCAACAAAACAAGCACAAAAGUAUGUUGUCUGGAGGCAGCAGAUCCAGAACCUCAUUUGUGUAUCAUCAGGAACCAAACGGCCCCAAUGUGCCCUCUGUUCUCCCCUGCCCCUGGGACUGGUGCCUCCACCUGCCCACCCAGCUCCCAGCCUGAAGCACCAGCAGCACCGGGGCUACGCGCUGGUGUGGGUUAUCGACUCCAGCUGGACUUCAGUCUUGCUGUCAGAAAUGCCAUAUUUUUUAUAUCUAUUUACAAAUUGCCUGGGAUGUCACGUACAACACUAACCUUGAUCACCCUCAGGGUAGGUGGGAGCUUUUGCCAGGACAAGCUCUUCAUUUGGUGUUCCUGUCCUGCAGCAGCAGGGUUGCUGCUUCAUGCGCUGCUCGCUUCAAACCAGAACAAAGGGGUGGUAUUGCAUGGGGGGGGGGCUGGCCUCAUACAAAAGUAGCUUUCUAGAUUUUUUAAAAGCUAAUCACAGAAUCACAGAAUCUUCUAGGUUGGAAGGGACCUUAAAGAUCAUCUUGUCCAACCGUCAACCUGACUGACAAAAAUAGACACCCCACAACAAACAAGGAGCAUCACCAUCACUAAACCAUACCUCCCAGCACUACAUCAACCCUCUUUUGGGUUGGGUCUUUUGAACACCUCCAGGGAACUAAUUACUGUCAUCUGUGAAGAGAGACCUUGAAAAUUAAGAACAAUACCCUUGUCAUGUGCAUCUGCCGAUGGCCAGUCCCAUUGCAGCCAAAUCCCCACACUCCUGUGUGCCAUACGGGUGGGAGUGCUGCUCCAGAAGCUCUUACUUAGGAAAAACCCUUUGGCCCAUCGGGUCAGAUGGGCUGUGGGGUCUUCUACGGGGGUCCAAGCUGCUGCUCAUGUGCUUAAGCCUCCCUGUGGACAUUAUCACACCGCUCUCCCAGGCAUCCAGCGGUGCACCCCGUCAGCCACAAGCACCAACAUCGUCACUGGCAUGUCCAUUCAGGUGAUGUCCCAACAGUCCUGGGCUCAGACCAGUAGCUCUUGUCACUUCAUGACCAUGGGCUCAGGUUUGGAGCUUGUCCCGUGAGCCAGGCUCCUGCUAGCUUUGGCCAGCAAAGUAACCCCAUCUCAUGCCUGCCGUGGCAUCUCAGCUGGAGCUCUAUCUCCUGCAGUAGGUUUGAACCUCUUUUCAAUACUGGGUAUGACUAGAAAGUCUGAACUCUCCGUAUUUUGAGCUAUUUUCUAUUUUGGUGGUAAGUUUCAGUGCUUUCUCUACAUAUAGUAUUUUAUAUAAUGCAGCUAUAUAUAUAUAUAUAUAUUUACAGGGCUGGGUUGCCCAGGGAAAUCCCACCAAUGUGUUGUAGAAAUAUUUGACUAAACAUGAAAUAUAUUGGAUUAUUUUAUAUGCUAUGAGUUUGGUAUUUUGGUACUUCUUUCUUUCUGUGCUUAUUUCUGUGCUCAAUGUCAAAAUUAAAUCUAAAUAAAGUUUACCUGUUUAUGCUGUU